AUGUCAGACCUCUCAAUCCUCUACAGCCCCGCCCCCUACCACAUCAUCAGCUAUGGCACCCUCCUCGGCAGCUCCAUCUACCAAUCCUUCAUCAACGGCAUAGUCUCCUACCGCGCCCUCUCCCGCCCUCAAUUUGCCACCCUGCAAGCCGCCCUCACUCCUGUCUACUUCGCCCUGCAAACCGCCCUCCCGGUCAUCAUGGCGCUUACAUACCCUGGCGUCAAAUCCCUCUCUUCCCUUAGUGGCAACACCACUGAAUCCUCAAGUUUAAGCGGCGUACUACAAGAGCGAAACAGAUGGACGGUCUUAGCGCCCAUUGCGACCGUUUUCGCAUUGAAUGCGGCGAACUUGCUUUGGGCGGGACCGGUUACGACGCGGAUUAUGAAAGAGAGGAAGCAUCAGGAGACGCGGGACGGGAAGAAGUAUUAUGAGCAGGGACCGCAGUCGAAGGAGAUGCAGAGAUUGAAUAGGGCGUUUAGUCGUAUGCAUGGGGUUAGUGCAUUGACGAAUUUGGUGGGCUUGGGAAUUACGGUUUGGUAUGGGUUCUUGCUGGCGGAGAGGUUGCAGUAG